AUGGCCACCCGCAGCAGUCGAGUCGACCUCACUUCACCAAACAGCAGAGGUUCACAGCUUCCUUCCCGCGCCGCCUUUUCGUUAUCAACUCCUGCUUCGCACCGACCCUCUACUCUUCACACGUCAGGCUUCGGUCCCCUCACUUCCCACAGUUCAAGCGUAUCAACCCAUUUGAGCAGCGCCACUAUGGCGGGCACCUCACAUCGCGGCGCACAGGUGAGAUGGAAUCACGAAAUGCGCCUUACCUUGUGUCUCCUCUGGGAGCUUGAGACGGACAUGAGCAAGCGCCUGGCAGUCUUUAAUACGGUCUUCAAAGACCACCUGGACGCUUGUGGACUUGCGGAUGGCGCGACGGUUACCCGUCUGCGCGUGCAGUACUGCGAGCGCAGCAAAACGCCCUUGCCGAAGUGUUGGCAAGCGGUCACGAAUGCGAGCGAGGUCGAAAGACAGGCCAUGACGAUCAAGAUUAGAGAAGCUCAAGCUUCUCUGGGUGAGCUGCCGUCAGCUCCACUUGCGAGAUCAAAGGUGCCAAACCCCCCGACUUCCACAUCGAUCAAGAAGCGUGCGUACGUUCAGCUGCAGGACAUCGCACCUGGCCAGUCAAAAAAUGAAUCCCCGAUUCCGGUCAAGCGUUCGAAAAAGCGAGUCGCUAUAGUCCAGGUGACCGCACAUUCUGCCUCAGUGACCGUCGCGCCGUUCACAACCCCACGCACACCGAAGACGAGAAGAGUUGAUGCAACAGUCCUUCAUACCUGUUCGCCCUCUGGUCAUCAAGUAUGGCUGAGACCUGAUGAAUAUGCAAAGACACAGCUGGACUGGUCGCAUGUCGACGAAGCGUCGAUCCAUUUGAACCUCAGUGGAUUGCUGUUUCGAUACUGGGACGAGAACAGCUCGAUCAAGCUGGAGAACGGGUUCAUAGCAUCACAUUUUAAAGGCUACAAUAUCGACCCAGCGCCUCUGCCGUCGAUCAAUAGCCGUCACUUCCCCUGGGCAAUGUUUCAUACGCACCUUAACCGGACUCGAUUCGAGGCGGAAACCAUUAGCACGAGCAACUUCCUGGUCUGGGUUUUCAGGCUUGCAUUGAAGAUGCGGCAGAAGGGGGCGCGCCAUGGCCGUAUCACACUUAUCAAUGCAAGCGCUCUUGACAGAGAUCAAGUCUAUCAUAUGCCACCUAUACACAAGGAGCUCUGCAAGAAGUACGCGUUCGAAAAUGGAGCCCAGAAUUAUCAUGGCAGCCAUGAGUUCCAGGUCUAUUAUCGGAUACCGGCCGAGGCCGUCCUGAGCACUAUAACUGUAGACGAGCUCGCGGAUCUGUGCUCCAGGUGUCCCUCUGUGAACGCACUAGGCUUUGCCGUCCUUGGCGCGAGCCGCGACUAUCGCACCAAGAUCCGUCCCCAGCUACAAGACGCUAAGGUUGCGCUGACGCCGAAGGUGGUGUGCGCAAUCGCUAAGAUAAUCUCUACAUGCGGACUCCGACCCGCCGCUCGAGUUGAGCACAUUGCGCAGAUUGCGCACAUGGUGUCCGAUAUCGUGCAGGGCUUCGGCCUGUACGUCAACUACAGUACCGCGACUGAAUGGCGCCAGAUCUCCGCUAUAUUCGCAUGGGAAAUGACCAGGACUGUAGACAAAUUCAGCAUAGAUCUGCAACAGAAGGAAAGCCUCCGGCUUGCGUUCCUGGACGGGGUACGUUGGUCCUGCGGACCAUUCAAUGCGCGGUACUCAGUAGAAGGCGUUAGCGCCACGCAAAAGAGAGCAGCAAGGCUUAGCCUUGCUCAGCCUCUCCACAUUCUGCUAGAUGAAUUGGCCUCAGUGAAGUCCCACCUAACAGCCUACGCCGGCGAGCACAGUGUCAGUCCGCCUCCGAGCCUGCUGCGUAGCGGCGAUAACAACAGUGAAGACUUAUCUCUAUCCGAGGAUGACAGCGCCGAAAUCGUGUACGACAACGACGGCAUUUGCGACAUACAGGUCCCGGAGAUUGGUCUCUCAUGCGGAAUGCGGCUGUCGGUGCUUAUGCCUACAUAUCGGACCUGGUUGUUGGGAUGUCAAUCCCCGGGAUGGGCGUUGGAUGGCGUUAUCGAGUCUGAGAUACGGACUGCAGAGCGCAGUAGUUGGUACGGCCGUAAAUGCCGCGGGUCUAUGACGCCGUCGAUGCAAGCAGAGUACAUGUAA